AGGCGUUUCCUGGUUCGUCUGUCGCCCUGCUGGGAGCGGCUGCUUUUCAAAACCGGAUGUAAAUACGCUGGUCGACAACGUGAGUCGGUGACUUUAAUUUAACCCACCGAGGUUUUACUAACCUGUAUAUUUAAUCCUCAGAGUUAAACGAAACCAAAACAGUGCGGGCUGCUGAAUUAACCUCCCCCCCCCCUCUCUUUACCAUGUGGACAACUUUUUCACGCAGGUUAGUGAACUUACUCGCCGUUUUACUUGCGCUCAUCCUGUGCUUUCACAUCUUGCAAAUUAAAAUCACAUUUAAUGCACCGAAACCAAGUCCAGUUCCUCCAGAACAACAUGCGGUUUUAUCACCAACAACGUACAAGUAUGUUCUCAACCAGCCUGCUGCAUGUGAAAACCGAAAGCCCUUCCUGGUUUUGAUGGUACCAGUUGCACCAGGCGAUGUUGCAUCAAGGGAGGUCAUCAGGAAAACGUGGGGCGCACCUGUCCCAGGUGUGGACACCCUCACUCUCUUCUAUGUGGGCCUCUCUAAGGAGGGUCUCAAUUCCUACGUCCAAGCUGACCUGCAGAGGGAAAGCAGAGAGCAUGCCGACAUUAUCCAAAUGGACUUUGUGGACAGCUACCACAACUUGACAAUCAAGACCAUGAUGAUCAUGAACUGGCUCACCACCCACUGCCAAGGUGCCUCGUACGCAAUGAAGGUGGAUGCUGAUAUAUUUGUAAACGUGUUUUACCUCAUUACACUGUUGGAUGGCCGCCCCAGGCAGGACUACAUCACAGGUUCAGUUAUUGCGGAUGGGAGACCACGGAGGGACAGCAAAAGUAAGUGGCAUCUGGCAAAGGAUUUGUACCCAGAGGACAGCUUCCCUCCAUAUGUAUCUGGUGCUGGGUACGUCUUCUCCACUGACCUGGCCGCAAAGAUCUCCAAGGCCUCCAGGUUUGUCAGGAUGGUUCCCCUGGAGGACGUCUACGUGGGGUUGUGUCUUCAUGUGCUCGGGGUCAGGCCCGUGUACUCCCAAAGUUUUCUGUCUCUGAGGAACCUCUUUGAGGUGCGGCGGCUGGAUUAUGAGAGGUGCACCUUUGCCCUGCGGGUCAUUGUCACUGGAUUCACCCCAUCCGAGUUGCUGUACAUUUGGCAAGACUUCUCCCGAGGCCAUCACAGUUGCUGAAACAGUAACAGAGGUAGGCAACCAUGUGCAAUGAGUAUGCAGGUUUCCAUUCAACCUAUAUGCACAUCACAUUAUUUACACAUUAGUUGUAGUGACUAGUUGUAUGAAAAUCCUGCAUACUAUUGGCAUUUCCGUGGCACAUGGUUGCCAAUGUCUGCAACAGAAGUAAUUUUUCCUGAAAUAUACAUAAUGCUGAUAGUUUCACACUGAAAGACGAUCGAAUAACCAAAGAAAUUCUCAGGAUAUGGCUUAAUUUAAAGGAUUGUUUUUGAAGUAAUAUUGGGGUGCAGAAACUUUUUUAGACAAAAUCUGAUGAAAUAGCUCAACAUUAAAGUGCAAUUACUACCCCGCCUUUGAAUGUAUUCUGAAUCAGUUCUGCUGGUUUACGUUUCAUGUUAAAGUUUUUCUGCAUCACAAAGAGCUGCUAAUCUGCAAUGUAUCAUUAUCGUAGCGAGAUGAGACCAUGCUGAUGGUUUUUAUAUAAAGCAUUUUAGGGCACUGUCACAACUUCUGUUGAGGGGAUAGAUGACUGUGAUUUGUUGAAUAAAUGAAUGUAAAAGAGAAUCUCUGAAAUAUAAUUGCAAAAAGAGAUAAUAUACUUUAUAUACACUUUAUAACCAGAGCUGCCUGUCAUAAAUGGACUGCUAUGAUGCAAAUGUGAUGAGUGGGUGUGAUGCUUGACCACACUUUCUGGGUGUGAUACUUUACCAUAAAAUCUGCUGGAAACCUCAUAUGGGAUUUGUGAGAAAAAUUGGCAAGAAGCAUUGGGAAAGGCAAGGCACCUUCUGGAUCAUAAAGCAUUGUACAUUCUGUAUUGUUCACUUGUAUUGCCAUAUUUGAAUUACGGCGGUAUGAGGGAACACCUACAAAAGCAACCUACAAUCUUUAUGUCCAUCCAUCCAUCCAUUAUCCAAGCUGCUUAUCCCAAUUGGGGUCGCGGGAUUGGGCGGCAGGCGGGGAGACACCCUGGACAAGCCGCCAGGCCAUGUGUACUACAAAUAAGAGCAAUAAGGUUAGUAAACAAUGUAAGAUAUAGGAAACACACUAAAAAAAUUUCAAAUUCACACGCUAUAAAGGUCAUGGACCUGGUAGAAUUCAAGACUUACAAAUGUUGUACAAAGCAAGAUAUAAUCUACAUCCUGGCAACAUACAACAAUUGUUCUCAGAUGGGCGGGGGGGGGUGCAAUUUAAGAGGAGAAUUGAAUUUUAAGAAACACUGUUAAUACCACUCGCAAAAGUAUGUUUAUUUUAAAUUAUGGGGUAAGUUUGUGGAAUGGUCAAGAUGAAGAACUCAAGGAAAGCACAAGUUUAAAUCAAUUCAAAAAGAGGUACAAGGAUGUGGAGGAGGUUUUGCUCCUCUCAUGUUUGUGACACCCACGGUGGACACUGUUAUUGUUGUUUCUUGGAAAUCAUUGUUAUUGUUUUCUUUGUCCAUGGAUGGUGCAAUUGUCAAAACGCCAAGAAGCGAUUCCUGCAUCAGAAUUAGGAAUAAGGUGGUUUUGGUUGAAAACAUUGUUAUUGUUACUGUGAGGUGUUUGCAUGU